CGCAGCCAGCGCAUUGCUGUCCUCGAGGGGCACGCGUUGCUCCAAUCACUGCGCAAAAAAAGACCCAAGCUAUCAGAGACGACGGCAACGGCUCCCAAACGCCUCCAUCCAACAAUUGAACCUCGUGUUCCCAUUCCAGACGCCACUUGGGUUAUUCGCCCCUCCAAGCGCGUUCUCCAGGCUCACUGAUCGAGCGGGCCAAAGGGGGAAAAACUUUUUUUCUCUUUGCUGUGCCCACGAAUGGACGAUUCGGGGCACGACAAUGACUUUCCGGACCUGUCGUCAUUUGACGACGAGUCCUCGGUGAUAUCUACGCGAGGACUCGAGGCAUUCGGCCGCAAAGUAACCUCCACAGCUUCGCAUCUGAUAGCGACACGAAACGAUCCCGCCUCGAACCCGACCUACAAGACCGCCAUGACCGAGGUACACCGCCAGCUGCGAAAGCCGGGGCUACAGCGGAGCGUCUUCUCGAUGGCACGCACGACGCCGACUGACAUGGUGCGAUCGCGCCUGUCGACCAAGGAGAUCCAGUCGCGAGCGCUCGCAUAUGUGCCGGACGAGCUGCUGCAGAACAUACCCGAGGGCGAGCAGACAUACUCGCUGUUUCAGGGUUUCCAGGCGAGCUUCCCGGACUUCACCGAGGAGGGCAAAAAACACAGGCGGCGCGUUUCGAGGGGGAGGAGGUUGCUAGACGAAGGGCCGACGACGCCCGACGGGAGCCCCGAGACGGUGCAGAAGCUCAAGAAGGAGAAGGCGUCCAUGAUGCAUGAGUUGGAGAUGCUUGGGAUCCGCAAGAACAUGGCGAGCAGCGAGAUUCGCGAGAUCGAUGCCAAGAUCGAGAACUUGACCGGGAUGCGCAGAAUACUCCUGGAACGGCUGGCGAACCUGGAGCAGGACGAGGCAUUGCUUGAGCAUGACAUCGUGGACGUCGAGGGGAGGUUGGAAGAGGCACUAGAGCUGGCCGUCGAGGCCGAGUCGGCGGCCUUGCGGACGCCCACGAGAUCAGAAGACGACGCAGCGUCAGAAAAGGGGGACGCGCCUGGAUUCAUGUCCCAAUCCGUUUACGAGAAGCUCCCCUCGGCAAAUAGCACGCCCUCCAAGAAGAAACUGCGCAGCAUCCGGCGGAAAUCGAUGCCCAUCCUCCACGAGCACUUCCAGCCCGGCACCAUGAUCCGCUCGUUGCGCGCACACCACGACAGCAUUACCGCCCUCGACUUCGAUGCUCCUUUUGGUCUGAUGGUCUCUGCCGCGAUGGAUGACUCGGUCCGGGUAUGGGAUCUUAAUGCGGGGCGCUGCAUCGGCCUGCUAGAAGGUCACACCGCAUCGGUCCGCACGCUGCAGGUCGAGGACAACUUUCUCGCGACCGGCUCCAUGGACGCCACAAUCCGGCUGUGGGACCUUAGCAAGGCACACUACGACCCCCAGGGCAGCCACUUCGGCAAGGAGGAGGACGAUGAGGACGCGAUUGCUUUCGGGAAUCCCGACGACCAGCCCGUCGACCCGCCCGCCGGCAGCAUGGCCGACUGCCCGCUCUUCACGCUGCAGGCACACCUCGACGAGAUCACCGCGCUGCACUUCCGGGAUAACGUGCUCGUCUCCGGUUCGGCGGACAAGACGCUGCGGCAGUGGGAUCUGGAGAAGGGCCGGUGCGUGCAGACGCUGGACGUCAUGUGGGCGGCCGCCCAGGCCUCGGUUCUCUCCGCGAGCGAGGGCACCUGGCGCCAGACCACCCGCGCGGCCGACAUGUCGGCGGACUUUGUUGGGGCGCUGCAGGUGUUCGAGUCGGCGCUGGCAUGCGGCACGGCGGAUGGCAUGGUUCGCCUGUGGGAUCUUCGCAGCGGCCAGGUGUCGCGCAGCCUGGUGGGCCACACGGGGCCGGUGACAUGCCUGCAAUUCGACGACGUGCACUUGGUCACGGGCAGCUUGGACAGGAGUAUACGGAUAUGGGACCUCCGCACUGGGUCGAUAUAUGACGCCUACGCAUACGACAACCCCAUCACGAGCAUGAUGUUUGACACUCGCCGCAUUGUGUGUGCCGCUGGCGAGGACGUCGUCAAAGUGUACGACAAGGUCGAGGGGCGCCAUUGGGACUGCGGCGCGGGCAUCGCCGAGGCCGACCAGGGCAAGACGCCCGCCAUCGUGGAGCGCGUGCGUGUUCGCGAUGGAUACCUUGUCGAAGGCCGCCGGGACGGUUUUGUUGGUGUCUGGACAUGCUGAUCAGCACCGCAGAAUCUUGUGUAUAUAGCAUGUGUUUGUGUGUUGUGUAUGAAUAUGGCUCAUGCCGAGAGACGCGGGAGUGAAUGUUUGGGAUGUACGGAAUAUAGAGUUGGAAAUGAUAUAUAGCUAUGCUAUUCGUAGUUAACGUC